GUGACGUCAUCAGAUUACAUCUACGGAAGGGGAACUAGGCUCUUUUGCUCUUCACAGCGGAAGCGCUCCGGCUUCCGUCCCUGUCAGUGCGUGCUGGUCCUUAGCACGAAGGCAACAUAGACACAACCCUAUGAGAGAGACGACUCUAUAGCAGAAGCCUGGAGGACUGCUGCGGUUGGUCGUGGGAGCGCGGCUUGCAGUGAGAUUAUUGUGUAAACAUGAAAGAGCCCUCCAAGGUAUCAGAACCAAUCUCCUAUGAAAGGAUUGUACUGAAGAACACCUCUGAGUAUCACUAUCUGAAGAUUCAGUUAGUAUUUCAGGAGCAGGGCGUCAAGCUGUCUGCGGCUCAGUUCAAGUUAUUGGUCAUUUCAGCUUUAAAGGAAUUGCACGGAGAGGUGGGAGCCUCUUUCCCGUUGGACCUGUUAAAAUUUGAUGAAAAGACAUUGUGUGCCAUAGUGAGAAUCUGUAGCAGUGGUCUUGUGAAAUUGUGGACCUCUCUGACCCUGCUGGGACACUACCAGAAUCACGAGUGCAGCAUUCGUGUGAUACAGGCAUCCCCUUUCUUGCUGGCGCUAGCUGGUAACAGCAGAGAACUAGCUCUGGACUAGCGAUUUGUAAGGAUGUUCCGUCAUUUGGUCAC